AUGGGGCGAUCUAAGGCUCUGGGUAUAUUAGCUCUAAUAGCGUCAACAUACGCUCUACCAACCCCGCAACCCCAGUGCCCAUGCGAGGCGUCGGGACAACCACCAUGCCCGUGCAAUUCUUGCCCGGCUUGCCCGUCCCAGCCUUGCCCGUACGAUCCUAGCCCGUCGCCUUGCCCUUACGAUCCUUCUCCGUCACCUUGCCCGUAUAACCUGGGCAACCAGUCACCUUGCCCGUAUAACCCGGGCAACCCGUAUAACCCGAGCAACCCGGGCAAUCCAUAUGGGCCCACCUAUCCGCUGUGGAGCGGACCUACACCAACCAGGUGUGGUGAUGGUCCCAUAAGGGCGACGAGUCCCCGCAGCGAGGUGCCCAGUUCCCUGCAGAGUGCGGGCUUCAGCGCCAUGAGGGUUCCAGGGGGCACGUUCUUUGUAAAGCCAUCACCUAAUGUGGUGAUCCAGCUGCCACCCAUCCUCGUGCAACCGUCAUCGUUAAGCCCGAUUCAGCCGCCACCGAUCGUAGUCAGGCCACCACGCCAGCCCCCCGUCACCCCACCGCCAGUGGUCGUUCGACCACCACGGCUACCGGCAAUCACCCCACCGCCAAUCACUGUGAGACCACCACAGCCACCGCCAAUAUCCCCCCCACCUAUUGUAGUUCGACCACCUAGGCCUGCUGCAAUACAGCCAGAAUCCAUCAGGGUUAAUCCACCACAGCUUCCUGAUAUUCGUCCGCCGCCAUUUGUUAUUAGAGUACCGCGACUACCGAUGCUUCAGCCUCCACUAAUCAGUGUGCCGAUCAGCGGUUUUACAAAUAAUCCGUGUAACCGUUUUAUCCCGUUUAGCCCAUGCGAUACGUGCAACCCAAGCACGAGUCCUAGUGACCCGAGCAAUCCAUGCCCAAGUCCGUGCAACCCAAGUCAGAGUCCUUGUGAUCCGAGCAACUCAUUCCCGAGUCCGUGCGACCCGUGCAAUCCGUACCCGAGUCCGUGCGACCCGAGCAAUCCAUACCCGAGUCCGUGUGAUCCGAGCAAUCCAUGCCAGAGCCCGAGCGACCUGAGUCCUGAAAUAUCUAGCGAAUUAAUCUGUUCGAUGGUAGAUGUUGAAAUUAAUGAAGUUACUUAUGCUUUGAAUCACAGCAACCUCAACUACAAGAUUGAGCACAAGACAAUCGAGGUCACCACACAUAAACCGCUCCCGUACUAA